AUAGCGUCCAAAUUCAUUGGACAAAAUCUACCUUCCCUACAUCUGGAAUAGAACAACAGACUUGUGAAUGUCCCCGACAAAUAAGCUCGUAGGCCGUUGAAAAAUAAGCUCGUACUUCUGACGCCAAAAAUUGAAAUUAACCAAUUUAGAAAAGAUGAAUCAUUAACAGCAGCUAGCCAGUUUAGCGGACGUAGGCCUGGUAGGAAACGGGGCGAGGAUGGAUAUAGGAACAAGCUCUUCUUCUUCUGCAGGAUUCCGCCAAGUGAAGGUGAUUCCUCUGCAGCAUCCUUCUUCGUAUGACUCAUCGCCUUCCUUGCCUCCAGCUUUUGGCAGUUCCGCCAAAAUUUGGCUGUCCAAGGCCCGCCAAAUGUCCCUCAUAGAGUGGCUAGAGCUGCUUCUGCCCUGCGUCCGCUGGAUUCGUAGCUACAAAUGGAGGGAGUAUCUCCAGCCUGACAUUAUGGCUGGGAUCACCGUCGGCACAAUGCUUGUUCCACAGUCGAUGUCAUAUGCAAAGUUGGCUGGACUUCAUCCAAUUUAUGGACUGUAUUCUAGUUUUGUUCCUAUAUUUGCUUAUGCAAUCUUUGGCUCCUCAAGGCAACUUGCCAUUGGACCUGUGGCAUUGGUUUCCCUUUUGGUUUCUAAUGUUUUGUCCAGCAUCGUUGACUCCAGUGAUGAAUUGUACACAGAGCUCGCAAUACUGUUAGCACUUAUGGUUGGCAUUUUGGAAUGCGUAAUGGGAUUUCUCAGGCUUGGGUGGCUUAUUCGUUUUAUAAGCCACUCUGUCAUUUCAGGCUUCACCACAUCUUCAGCUAUAGUCAUUGCACUGUCACAGGCAAAAUAUUUCCUGGGAUAUAGUAUCACACGAAGCAGUGAGAUAAUUCCACUUGCUGAAAGUAUAAUUGCUGGUGCUGACAAGUUUUCGUGGCCUCCAUUUGUGAUGGGUUCUAUCAUGCUGUCAAUCCUCCUAAUAAUGAAACAUUUGGGAAAAACGUGGAAAUAUCUUAGAUUCUUGCGAGCAGCAGGACCUCUUACAGCAGUUAUUUUAGGAACAGCAUUUGUGAAAAUUUUCCACCCAAAAUCUAUUAGUGUGGUGGGUGAAAUUCCUCAGGGUCUUCCAAGCUUCUCAGUUCCAAAGUGUUUCAAUCAUAUAAAGGGGUUACUCCCAACAGCCUUUCUUAUUACUGGUGUGGCAAUCUUGGAAUCAGUAGGAAUUGCCAAAGCUUUGGCAGCAAAGAACGGCUAUGAGCUAGAUUCAAAUCAAGAACUAUUUGGGCUUGGUGUAGCUAAUGUUUGUGGAUCCUUCUUUUCCUCAUAUCCUACCACUGGAUCAUUUUCUCGAUCAGCUGUGAAUCAUGAAAGUGGUGCUAAAACGGGUUUAUCAGGAUUUAUUAUGGGAGUCAUAGUUGUAUGUGCUCUUGUAUUUUUGACACCACUGUUUAGAGAUAUACCUCAGUGCACUCUGGCAGCAAUUGUGAUAUCAGCUGUGAUGGGUCUGAUAGAUUAUGAAGAGGCUAUCUUUCUAUGGCGAGUGGAUAAAAAAGAUUUCCUUCAAUGGGUUACAACAAGUAUCACCACUCUAUUCCUUGGCAUUGAGAUUGGAGUUCUUGUUGGCGUUGGCAUAUCUCUUGCAUUUGUGAUACAUGAGUCGGCUAAUCCACACAUUGCUGUCCUAGGUCGUUUGGCUGGUACUACAGUGUACAGAAACAUCAAGCAAUAUCCAGAAGCCUACACGUACCAUGGGAUUGUGAUUGUUCGUAUUGAUGCACCUAUUUAUUUUGCAAAUAUAAGCUACAUAAAGGACAGGCUACGUGAAUAUGAAGUGAGCUUUGAUGGGACUGCAAAGCGUGGAGUUCAAGUUGAAAAAGUAUAUUAUGUUGUCAUUGAGAUGGCCCCUGUCACCUAUAUUGAUUCCAGUGCUGCUGAAGCCUUGAAGGAACUCUAUCAUGAGUACAAAACACGUGACAUACAGAUGGCAAUAUCCAAUCCUAACCAAGAAGUUAUGUCGACGCUAGCCAGAUCUGGUGUCCUUGAACUCAUUGGGAAGGAGUGGUAUUUUGUGAGGGUUCACGAUGCUGUUCAGGUUUGUCUUUCCCUUAUGCAGGGAAAAUCUCAAAGAUUGAAGAAUUCCAGUGAGGAACUCGAACAGGAUAUUUUAAGAAAGCAAGAUAAUACUUUAAGAUCAAAAAGCCUAUUUCAAAGGAAAUAUUUUGAAGAUACAAACUCGGAAAGGCAACCACUCAUUAGUGAGAGAAAUGAAGAAUGAGAAUUUCGUUGUAUUUUAUGAUAAAUUCUUAUUCAUUCCGCAGUUUAUCCAGUAAAACUGUUUAUACGUUUUACAGAAGUUCUCUCUUUAUUGCAUGAUUCUUUUUAGUUCAUUAUUUAUUCUUGUGAAGGAUGAACCAUAGCCCUUUAUAAUGUCAAUGCACACAUUAUUGUAUAUGAUUUAUUAUUGGUUUGAAUGUUUCUCCAAAAAUAAUAAAGUUUCUGUUUUCCCUCA